AUGGCCGCUCGAAUGGAUCUUGUUGAUACACCUAUUCGUGUCACCUGCGUAUCACCAGGUCUUGUUGAGACGGAGUUCUCAAUAGUCCGCUUGGAUAACAAGGAGGCAGCUGAUGCGGUGUAUGAAGGAGUUAUCCCCCUUAAUGCUAAUGAUAUCGCUGAUAAUAUCGUCUAUGCCCUUACUCGUCCUAGGCAUGUUCAGAUAGCUGAUAUCAUAACCUAUUGUACCAAUCAGGCACGAGCCAACAUGGUGGCUAGAGUUGGCAACGACUUUGGUGGUGCUAGGUCUUCCUAA